AAAAAAGAAUUCAUUAUACCUGGCAUAUAAGCGUCAAUUCUAUUCAGGGCUGCCUGGAUGCAGACGGCAUUUGAUGAAACAAUGAAAAUUGUGAUUCAAGAUUAGAGCCUUGCAGUACACCAGAUGUCAUAGGCACUUAAUUUUAGCAAAAUGUUUUUUUAAAUAAGCGUAACAUUUCACGCUUUUUUUUUCUUAAUUAAUGCGAAUUAAUAUUUUAAACAUGAAGAAUAUUACGUAAACCAAACUUUAUAUACAUCUUAAUUGUUUAUUAAGAUGUAUAUAAAGUUUGGUUAAACUCUACUUAUGUCUAAAUUUUAACCUAAAGCCAAACCAGGUUAUUCAAAUGGAUUGUAAAAGUAGAAAGUACGACGUGGAGUUUGAAGCCAGAAAAUUAUACGGACAAGACUUAAAAUCAGUUCUUGAAAGAUUUAGGCGCACUCCAGAAUACAUUCAGAUACUAAAUGAUGAGAAAGAAAAACUUCAAAAUAAGGUUGACCUGAACUUAAAUUUGCAUAUGUUGCAUUAUUUGUUAAUCUUAGAGGAAAAAGUUAAAGAAAUUAUUACUGAAAAUAGCACUAAUCCAAGUAGCUUAAGACACAAGACCACGCCAGGAGUAUAUUAUACUCAAUACAUAGGCCCUCACAGAAAGCCGGUAGUCCGGCAACACACUCACAACAUGACUGGAGUGGAGAGAUUGGAGCAGUAUUCGCGGCUUUACCCAAAUCUGCCUUUGGAAAUGCGAAAUCGAAUGAUGGACUUGGGGUUUGAAUAUUUUGGGUAUGUCAUACAUGCACUAAUCACAUCAAUGAUGCCAUUUGAAAAUUCAAUGUCUACCAUGCAAGCGCUAGACUCUGGGAGCAAAUAUCAAUCUACUCAUUUCUCCCAUACGAUAACACCAACAAAAGGCGACACAGAAGGCAAAGAAGGCUUCCCAGACGACACAUAUAGAAACUUCAAAAGCAAAUCUUAAUUUAAAUUAUUAAUAUAUUGACCUGUUCGAUAACAUUUUAUUACAGAGAGAGAGAUUUAUUCUUCCCUCCCGUGCAUUUCUGAUGUUCAA